CGUUUCAUACAUCGUAAUCGUAAAUAGUUUUGAACGUCUAGCUAGCGGACGUAACGUAGACAAAUAGAAUAUAGAAAAUUACUCUUGAUGUUUAUUUAUUACGUUGUCGCAAUCAAAUAGUUAUCGAAAUGUUUUCCAGUGGAUGUGUGUUAACAAUAUUAGUGCUUUACUCAUGCUUUGAUUUUGCACAUCUAAGAAAAUCAGGCUACAAGGACAACACGGAUCAUCAUUGGGAUGUGCUGAUUUUCACUCAACAGUGGCCAACAACUUCGUGUGAGGAAUGGAAAGAAAAGAGUCCUUCACAUAAAUGUACAAUGCCAAGCGUUCCGAAUUCGUUUUCUAUCCAUGGGCUAUGGCCGACAAAAUACCAUACUUUGGGACCCUUUUUCUGUAAUCGCUCUGCACAUUUCGAUCCAGAGGCAAUUAAAUCCAUUGAAACAGAACUAACAGAUGUGUGGACCAAUAUUGAAUAUGGCACAUCUACAUACUCCCUAUGGGCUCAUGAAUGGACCAAGCAUGGUACCUGUGCUGCAGAGGUCCUAGAGAACUUCAAUACAGAACUUAAAUACUUCACCAGGGGCCUGGAAUUUUACAGAACGUACAAUUUAACAAACAUACUCAGUGAAGCAGACAUUGUACCAUCAGUGAACAAGGGUUAUGAUGUAGUUGAUAUAGUUAAUGCAAUUAGGGUUCACCUUGGUGUGAAUCCAGUAGUGGAAUGUAGAAAAGAGAAAGGCAAAAGCACCUUAUUUGAAAUACGUAUUUGUUUUACUAAGGAAUUAAAGAUUGUUGACUGUGAUGGUGUGGUACAUGGAACAAGUGACAAUGUACUCACAAACUGUGAUCGAACCCAGAAAAUCCUAUAUUUGCCAUACAGUACCACCUCUGGUCUUGUACAGUGGUAUAAACUGAUAACUUGGUUGCAAUGGUUCACUCUAUAAUUUGUUUCUUAAUUUGGAUGUACAGUUUGCACAGGAAAGAUAUAGAUUCAGGGACUGAGGAACUGGAAGGCUGUGCAGUGCCAGGCACCUGGCAUGGAGGUCAACGCUCACAAGGUCAGUAUGUGAACUGUACAUUGUAAAUUCAAAAAAAUAUCACUUUCUAAUCCAAGGCAUCACAUAAACUAAAUUAUUAUCAUGUUUGAUGUAAAAUAUGAUAAUUUUUCAGUUUAUGCUAGGUUUGAUGUUAAUAUUAUCAAAACUAUUAAAAUAUUAAUUCAAAUGUCAGAAGGUUAACAAUAAUAUGAUAAAUGCUGUUAUUUAUUUAUUAUUUAUGUAAAUUUUAUGUAAAGUAACCAUAUCAUCAAUUUAUUGUUUUUUUGACAAACAUCUUGAACUAUAAUCAAUAGCAUAGCAGCUAUUUUUAGCUACUUACAAAGAAAAAUAAUUGCACUUAUAAUUGCCAACUAAUACACAUCUUAACCAAGCAAUUCAAACAGUUCGUUGCUAAAUGUUAGCAGUUAGUAUAAAUUAGACAAAAUAUUUCAAUUUAGUGCUGCACAUGGCACAAUUUUGCAAAAAAAAUCCACAUUAUUAAUAGGCACAACAAACAUCAUUUAUAUCAUGUUUUAUGUUAUCCCUGAAGCUGAUGCUGUCUUCAAUAUUAAUCAUAGAUUUUUUUUAAUGAAUUGCUACAUUAUAAGUGUUUGAACUAAGUAGGUAGUAUUUAGGAAUACUAGUCUGAUUAUAGAUUGUAUGGUUUUUCUGCUUCUUGCCGUUCUUACUUACCUGCCGGAAUAUGUGUCUGGGUGUUUAUCAAUUUAAACAACUUUCUGUAUCUCUUACAAAUCUUCUCUCAAUAUCGGUGUACUCGGGUAAUUCCGAAAAAGAACUCUAAUGUAAUGAAAUUAUGGGUGAUUUUAGCAAUUAGCAGACAUUUUGAAGUAUUCGGCUUUACCCACAUACACCUUAAUACAUUCACGUAAUUUUUUGCUGUUACAAUUAUGUUUGUUUAUUCUGGAACUCAAUGGGCGAAUAUUUUUUUAUGUUUUUAUUUUCUUCAGUUAAAAAAACAAUUAACAUGAAUUAUUUCUUUCAAGUCUAAGAAGUUUGCAUUUAUAACACUAGUGCAAGGAGUUCCUAAAUUAUUCAAUAUUAUUAAAUGAAUUACCUAUAAGAGAAACUAAUUUUACCCCAAAUCACCAACCUUGCAAACUUUAUAGCUCAACUCUUAACCUCCGCGGGGGUAAGUACACGCAACAGAUUUUAUAUUUUCAAGGUCAAGUCACUGCUACAAGUCUCAUUGAAAUUAACACUGAAAUUAUUGUAAUAAUUCAAUAACUAUUGUCUAUUUUUAUUAAUAAUAAAUGAAUUUUUAAA